GCUGAGCCUGCUCUGUGUGCAGGGUGCGAGCCCCCACCCUCCGGGUGACCUCCAGACCCUGCCGGGCAACCCACCAGCCCCCCGAGGAUGAAGAUGCUGGUCCGGCUCUUCCUGAUGCUGGUGUGCGUGAUGGUGGUCACCAUGCUGUGCCUCCUGCUGUGCUCCCACACCUGCCUGCGGCCCUGCUGCUGGGCCCUGGGGGAGCGUGGGGACUGCACCCCCUCUGCAUCCACCAUCCACAGCUUCCAGGGGUACAUCCGCGUCCCUGAUGGGAAGCCACUGGAGCGAGCGCUGUGCCGCCGCUGCGCCAUCGUCUCCAGCUCGGGGCAGAUGCUGGGCUCGCGCCUGGGACAGGCCAUCGACGGGCAGGAGUGCGUCCUGCGCAUGAACCAUGCCCCCACUGCUGGCUAUGAGGAAGACGUAGGGAUACGGAGCACCGUCCGGGUGGUAUCGCACACCAGCGUCCCGCUGCUGCUGAAGAACCAGCCCUACUUCUUCCAGCAGUCCCAGGAGACCCUCUACAUCAUCUGGGGGCCAGCGAAGAAGAUGAACCGGGAGAAGAUAGGCUCGACCUACCGGGCGCUGCUGAAGGUGAUGGAGACGUACCCCCACCUGCAGAUCUACACCCUGACUGAGGAGAAGAUGGCGUAUUGUGAUGAUGUCUUCCAGAACGAGACGGGGAAGAACAGGAUGAAGUCCGGCUCCUUCCUGAGCACGGGCUGGUUCACCAUGAUCCUGGCCAUGGAGCUGUGCGAGCAGAUAUGCGUCUUCGGCAUGGUCAGUGACAGCUACUGCAGGGAGAAGAACCACUCAAGCGUGCCCUACCACUACUUUGAGAAGGGACGGCUGGACGAGUGUAGGAUGUACCUGGUGCACGAGCAAGCCCACCGCGCCGGGCACCGUUUCAUCACCGAGAAAGCCAUCUUCGCCCGCUGGGCCAAGAGGAGGAACAUCAUCUUCACCCACCCGUCCUGGGCAGGCGAGUAGGGCACCAGCCGUGGGGUGAGGCAGCGGGGACCCCAGCAGUGGGGUGGCUCUCAUCCUGCAGUGAUGUGUCUUGGAUCUGCUGGUGCCAUGGCUAAAAGCCUUUUGCCAAGUCCUGGCAUGGGGAGUCUCUGUCUCUGCAGCGACAGGGACGGUUCCCCAGCUGGUAGGUGGGCUGGGACCCCCUAUGUCGGUGCAUAGGGGGGAUGAGCUGGACCCACGGAGCCCCAUUGGCUCCAAAUGUCUGCCUGGAUGGACCCAGAGUAACCAUGGAUGUUUUCCAUCCACUCUACCAGGAUGAAUAUUUAAUGCGGGAUUAAACAUUCACACUGCUGGGCUCCAGCACAACACGGGGCAGGAGAGCUUGGCCCCACCAGGGCCACGAGCUGGUGCCUCUCCCGAGGAUGAAGUUCCACUGUGGUCCUUGCCCCACUUGUGCCCUGAGACCCGGCACUGGG